GCCGACCGCCCGCCUGGCAGUAGUAGCGAUAAACUCGAAUAUUAAUUUUUAUUGUAUGUUGAGUCCAGAUAAUAAAACCCUCUUCAACUUCGAAUACCUUACAUCGUAUUCGCUCCAAAGUCAAAAUGUAAGAUGUUGGACUUUUCAUUCCUUACCCGAGGUUUAUCACCGGGGCUACGAACAGUCUUUUCGAGCCCUGCGAGGUUCAAGAUGACCCCCGGUCCUAAGAAUCUCAUGUCGACUAUAAAAGAUAAAAACCGAUUCUUUUUCGCCAUUCGCCGUCCAGGAUCGCGUCCAACGCUAAAGAUGAACGAUAUUUCCAGUGAUGUCGAGGGUACUGAUAGCGAGUGCGAGACUUCAAACAACAAGUACAACAGUGGCUACAGAAAUCGUUACGGAGAACAGACUAUAUUGGGUCUCAGCGAUCCACCUCCGGGAUAUGUGUUCGUGCCUGCCGGCAACCAGUUCAUCACUUGGAAAUGCCGUCAAUAUCCGCAGAAACGAUAUGCUGUCUUGUGCCGUAGGAGUAGGAAAAGGCCUGCUACGCAUACAGGUCUCUACGUUUCGAGAGAUGUUUUCGAGAAAGUUCGGUCUGAAUUUGAGGCCAAAAGAGCAAGUGCCGAUGAGAAAUUGAAGCGGGCACUUGAUAAAGAAUACCCCAACAUGCCCACUAGCGAUAAAAACCAACUCUGCGAUUUUAUCUUCUCAGAUCCUGACGUAAUUGGAAAAUCCACACCGAAAUCAAGACGUCUCGCGAUCUUUAAUUAUGUUCAAGCUAAUUAUGCUCCGUUAAAUUCUCAUAACCUGUCUCGCGAAAAUCAAAAUACCGAAGCCAUCGCUCGGGCGAAUCAAAAAGUUCAAAAGAUCUUGACAUCUUGGCGUUACGGAGAGAGGGUGCUGUGCCAAAAUGAAAAAGAUAACCCUCCUAAAAGUCGGGCAUUCUACGAACUUAACCUAAAAAAGUAGAUAAGCGCAAUUAGCUCCCAAGGUCAAUUCACCAAGAUAAUAUACCUAGGUACCUAGGUAAUCUACAUGUCCACCUAU